CAUGCUACAGACACCGGGAUAAGCUCCGGCCUGAUGGUUCGUAUGCAGACUUCACCUUUUUUCCCCUUUACUGAGGGGAAAAGGCUAUGGGAACGAGGUUUGAAAGAGCAGGUCUUUAUCUCGUUCUGCGAGUCCACAGACUUGAAGUUAGAAUCACCUUGUACAGCAUAAUAAACAGUAUAACGUGAAAAUACCGCUCAAUAGCAUCGGGUUUUGCCACUGGGGUGGAGUUAGAAUCAUCUUUUAUUGUAUGGUUAUCUCCGAGUGCAUAAGAAGAAGGCGCAAACCCUACCAUGUGACUGGGGUUAUCCGAGCGCGCAAGCUAUCUUAGGCGCUCGGGAUUAUCAGCGGUUUUCCCAAGAUUUCAAAUGGUGUUCUUUACACCAUAAAAUAAGUCAUUUCUUGACCAAGCCCGAGAUCAAGAUGGUUAGAUAUUGAAGCCGUUCUUUUUGCGUGUUCAUGGAGCUCGACUGUGUCUCGGCACGUAGACAUGAAACAACGAAUUUGGCCAAUAUCCAGAAAUCUUGACCUUAGGCUAUAGGUACAGCAUAAUAAACAGUAUCGCAUAAAAUAUUGCCCAAUACUAGCUUUAUUUAAAUGAUCAAAAAGUUAGAACUAUCUUAUAGCGCUAAAUAAACACUACCACAUGUAAGUGGUAGUGUACUACAUCAUUGUAAGGGGUUCAAUUUGGAUGGUCUUACAAAAGCUUCAUCAGAUUCAACUUGUACUUACGGCUUACCACCUCCACCGCUUGUACUGCUAAAUAAACGGUACUACAUGAAAGUUCAACUCAAAAACCAUUCUGAGUUAUCAAAAAGUUCAAACCAACUUUGUACAACUAUCAAAUAGUAUCCCAUGAAAGUUUUGGUGGGUAACUUUCAAUUGAAUGGUCAUACACUAAAAUAGUAGUAUUCAACUACCUUGUACAUCGGUAUAAAAGUACUGCUCAGUAGCUUUCAGUAAUGUUCGCCACUCUAACCCCGGUCUAGUCUCCUUCCCAACCGUUAUUAGGGUCGGAGAAGCGUUGCGUGACGACUAAGAUAAUGGUUGCGAAGGAGACUAGCCCCGGUGUGGCCUAUGGCUUCAUCGAGACUUAUAUAUAAUAAAAGUUGAAAGUCAGAACCACAAAAUUCUGUAUUACGACAGGAAUACGAUUGAUAUUGAAAAUUCAGAUAUACUUCUCAUGACUUUCCUACCUAAAGUUGUUCUCAACAGGUAAGGAGAGGGUCGAAAUUAAUCAAUGUUUUACGUCCAGUCUUUCGAUUUAGUUUGUCACGCAGCCCUCCUCUUUGCGUGACGAACAAAGUGCUAGUUCCCAGAUCUCUUGCGACUUCUACGGAAGCAAGAUUUCGUGGAACGGAAGUACAACAAAUAACAUAAUAAUAAGUGGUUUAUAAACAUGAUCAAACUAAUAAAUAACACAAACACGCUUUUCAAAUUUCGGGGUUCGAUCAGUUUGGACAGCACUAAAGAAAACGUUACAAACGAAAUGCGCACAAGAUAAGAAGACACAGUUGGUUGCUUUAUUCAAACGAUUAUCAUCUAAUUUCUUAAAUAUCCGCUGAUAAUCACCUGUCUGUCACUACAGGGACGAAAUCCACUCAUCCGACGACACUGACAAGCGGUUUCAGUAAAAAGUAAAAAGUCUUUUGUCUGGCUGUCUCCGGCAAAAGAGCGCAGGGAAUUUUGCCCGCGCGAGAUAAAACCGCGUUCGCCUCACCAAGACCUUCGUUUAUUUUCGUCUAAGAACUUUCCAUCGAGUCCUACGGUUUGUUGAAAGGACUCGGGGACGUUUUGACGCCUCUGGGAGGUUCUAGCAGGCUCUCUUAAGAUGUUUAUAACGAUUUAUUACGGCGAUCAGAAGUCGCUUCUGUUUAAUCCAAGCUGCUCCGUGGUAAAUCUAUUGAAAUCAAUCAAGGAACGAUGCGGUUAUGGUGACUCGGACCGUGUGCUGGAUCUAACCGACGAAACAGGUCUAGUCUUGGAUCUUAGCAGCCAUAAAAACGAAUACGCAAGCAAGUACCUUGCCUCAAAAGGAUAUUACGUUCUGGUGGAAAAACGGACCGUCCCAGCACCAAAAGAAUCGGGGCUCUCGCAGGAAGUCCAAUAUGUACCACUUCUACUAAGACCCAACGAAACAUUUCACGGAUACGAAGCUCGAGUUGCCGAGAAGAGGCCCGGGCAUGAACAAUCAGCUGCCGGCAGAAACACUGCUAGCAGAGGAAAGAGGGGAAAACUGAGAUCAAGAAAGAGUAUAGUGGAAACAACGUGACCUGUUAAACAAUCAAAAAGUGGAGAACAUUUUCGAAUUGUCUUUGAUUAUCGGCCAACGUGAUUGGUGCUAUUCUAGAAAGUUUUAAGCACGGGUUAUUGACCAAGUGUGAGGUCAAGAUGGCUGGAUAUUGGCCUCGUUCUUUUUUUGCGUGUUUAUGGA